ACCAUGUUGACGAUGCGGAGACUGCUGUUCUUCGCUGUGGCUCUGGCCACCUCACGCAGUGUACCCGUGUCUCCAAGGGUGCACGAGGUGUAUGAGAAUGGUGAAGAUGAGAACCCUCUCCUUAAUUUGGGUUCAGAUGCCAACCUGAUUGAAGGGGACAUUCUCGUUCCACAAGGACGCAAUGCCCUUAUUGACAAGAGGUACCGGUGGAAGUUUCCCAUCCCUUAUAUUCUGGGUGAUGACUUGGACCUGAACGCCAAAGGAUGCAUCCACCAGGCUUUUGAGAUGUACCGGCUGAAGUCCUGCGUCGACUUCAAGCCUUAUGAAGGAGAGAAGACCUACAUCAAGUUUGAGAAGAGAGGCGGGUGUUUCUCCAGCGUUGGGGACCAGCAGACAGGACAGAUCCUGUCCUUGGGGACCGGCUGUGAUCACAAGGCUGUGAUUGAGCACGAGCUGCUCCACGCCUUGGGCUUCUAUCACGAACAGUCCCGCACAGACAGAGACGACUACGUGGACAUCUGGCUGGAUAAGGUUAUACCGGGGUUUGAGCACAACUUCGACAAAUACAACGAUGACUUUAUCACAGACCAAAAUACGGCAUACGACUACGAGUCCAUCAUGCAUUACCGGCCCUUCUCCUUCAACAAGAACGAAAGAGAGCCCACGAUCACCACAAAGAUCCCCGAGUUUUACAACAUCAUCGGCCAGUACCUGGACUUCAGCAAACUGGACACACUGCGCCUGAACCGCAUGUACAACUGCUCUGGUCCUCUCACUUUGCUGGACCAGUGUGCCUUUGAGUCCGCCAGCAUAUGUGGCAUGAUCCAGAGCUCCAACGAUGAUGCGGACUGGGUCCAUACCAAGAGCAGCGUGGGGGCAGAGGAUCACACACUCCUGGGACAAUGUAGAGAUGCCGGCUACUUCAUGCACUUCAGCAACGAGAAGGCUUCGAAGUCCGCUCUGUUGGAGUCACGAACCCUCUACCCCAAGAGGAAGCUCCAGUGUCUGCAGUUCUUCUACAAAAUGACCGGCGGCCCCAAGGACAGGCUCGUCAUCUGGGUCAAGAAGGAUGAUGGAACGGGCAACGUUCACAAAAUGGAAAAAAUACACACCUUUCAUGCGGAUUUUGACCACACCUGGAAGAUCGCCCAUGUCCCAAUGGAGGUGGGAGUGAAAUUCCGCUACGGUUUCGAAGCUGUGCACGGUGACCCCUCGGCAUCCACCGGCGGCAUCUUGAUCGAUGACAUAAGCCUGACGGAGACUCGCUGCCCCAGCGCUGUCUGGAGGAUCCAAAACUUCUCCAAGAUCAUGGAGACAAAUAAUUUCCUCUACAGCCCCCGUUUCUAUAGUCCUGAAGGCUACGGUUAUGGCGUCUACCUCCAGUCCAUAUCAGAUUACAGUGACUACACAGGAAACUAUGUGGGGCUCUACUUCCACCUGGCCAGCGGGGAGAACGACGCGGUGAUGCAGUGGCCAGCCAUAAACAGACAGGCCACUCUGGUGGUGAUGGACCAAGACCCAGACAUUAAGCUGAGGAUGUCGUCCGCCCGCAGCUACACCACCAACUUGAAUAACCACAAUGGGAAGGUGCUUUGGGACAACCCUUCCAAGGUGGGCACAUAUGACCCUUCGUGUAACUGCAAAAGAGGACAGUCUCUGGGCUGGAGCAGCUUCAUCAAGCACUUUGACCUCAGACGACGCAAUUACCUGAAGAACGACGACCUCAUCAUCUUCAUCGACUUUGAGGAUAUAACCUCCCUGGUCAAAACAGAAGUUCCUAUCAAACCAAGGAAGUAAAGCCAGCUGGAGUGUUUUUUACCAUGACAAAGUGGAGUUGAGAAGACGUGACGGAGACGUGCGGCUGUGACAAGAAGAGCAGGCUCCGAAGAACGUAGGCUCUGCUGCUUUGACAAUAAAAUUAAUUAUUAUAAAAAUA